UUUCUUGCUAUCAUAUGAAGCUGGAGUGCUAGCUGCUUUGCGGGAAUUGUCGCCUGACAUACUGAAAUCUGCAUCCAAGAUCUAUGGGGCAUCUUCAGGAUCAGUUGUAGCUACAGUUGCACUGUGUGAGUGUGAUAUAGGAAAAGUCCUUAGAAUCUUAAAGAAUGUAUUAAACAAACACCUGCCUGAGAACGCCCAUCAGCUGGUAUCUGGAAAGCUGCACGUUAUCCUCACCCGUCUGCAUGACUGGAGAAGCGUGGUGGUUUCAGAGUUUGCCUCGAGGGAGGACCUCAUUCAGGCCUUGGUCUGCAGCUGCUUUAUCCCUCUGUAUUUUGGACUUUUACCUCCUAUGUACUGUGGGGUGCGUUACAUUGAUGGGGAACUCAGCAUGUGGCAGGCCAACUUCGUGUCCCGGACCACGAUCACCGUGUCUGCUUUCGCUGGCGAAUAUGACAUCUGUCCCAAAGAUGGCCCUGCUGCCUUCUUCACUUUCCAACUCUCUGAUUGUAUUCUACAGAUAUCAAAAAGAAACAUCCAUCGCUUGCAGUAUAUUUUUCAGCUUCCCACACAUCAAGUUCUGGACCAGUUUUAUACCCAUGGCUACCAGGACACAGUCUCCUUCUUAAAAAGACUGAGUAAGUGA